CGAGGCUCCGUUUUCCUCUGGAUGUAGAGAAGCAGCCGGACCAGGACCAGGACCCGGACCAGGACCAGGAGGAAAGGCGCAGUCAUGCUGCUCGUCUUCAGCCCGAGGAGCUAACGACUCACAGAUUUAAUCAUGGAAAUGGCCCGGAGAGGAAGAAGAACACGGUCGUUUUAUCGACCAGUUCAUUAUUUUAUUUAAGAAGGACUCUGUUUUGGAUCCGAGGACUCAAAGAAAGAGAACGGUGAUGACCUGAAUGGUGCCAUGAAGCCUACACACAAGCUGCUGUUUGUCCUGUGUCCCAUGCUGGUCCUGGUCUUUAUUUACUACUCUUCUGAGAAGCUACAGCUGUACGUCUGGGGUCAGAAGCCUCAGACAGGUGCAGAAGAGGCAGCUGUAGUCCUGACUAAAAAUGCUGAGGUGAAAAGGAUUCCAGAGAUGGACAACGACAUCAGCGUUGGACGGAUAGUAAGCUCAGUGUAUGAUAAGCAGGGCUUUCUGCUGCAGCUGGAGACAAAACUGCCACCAGAGUUGGCGUACAAGUAUGGCAACCUCAGCAGCGGGGCGUGUAAGCCAGGAUACGCCGCAGCCAAGAUGACCACCAUCUAUCCAAAGUUCAUCAAAUCAGCACCCAUGUUUCUAGAUCGAAACUUCAAACGACUAUCAAAAAUCAGUCAUUAUCUGCCUCCAUUUGGCAUCAAAACACAAGAGAGGAUAAUAGACAGCAUUUUAACUGCCACCAAAAAUUAUGGACUUGGAGAGAGGUUGGACAGACUCAGCUGUAAAAGAUGCAUCAUAGUGGGCAACGGGGGAAUCCUGUAUAACAAGUCUCUGGGCACACGCAUAGAUGACUAUGAUGUUGUAGUACGGCUGAAUGAAGCCCCAGUAAAAGGUUACAGCAGAGAUGUCGGGACCAAAACCACCCUGAGGAUCACCUACCCAGAGGGAGCCAUCCAGAAUCCUGAAAACUAUGAAAAAGACUCUCUCUUUGUCUUUUCUGGAUUCAAACCGCUUGAUUUCAAGUGGUUCAGACAGAUCGUCUUUAAGGAAAACGUGAGAGGGUUGGAUGGUUUCUGGAAGUCUGUGGCCCACCGUGUGCCUCGGGACCCAACGGAGAUGAGAAUCCUCAACCCUUACUUCAUCCAGGAGGCUGCAUUCCAUUUUAUAGGCUUGCCCCUCAACAAUGGCUUGAUGGGCAAAGGGAACAUUCCGACUCUGGGAACAGUGGCGAUAACAAUGGCGCUACAUAACUGUGACGAGGUGGCGGUGGCGGGCUUUGGUUAUGAUAUGUCUUCACCUCAUGCACCUCUUCACUACUACGAGAAAGUCAAGAUGGCGGCCAUCAAAGAGUCUUGGACACACGACAUCUCCAAGGAGAAGGAGUUCCUGCGGAAGCUGGUGAAGGCCAACGUCAUCACAGAUCUCACCAAAGGUAUCUGAGUUCACGCCCACCGCCGCCUCCGGAGGACGAUGGGAAGCGGACUGAGAGGAGAAGCCAUGGGCGAGGCCUGCUCGCCACCAGGGUUCCACAUCUGGAGAGAUUAUGUAGGAGAACACAGGAGGGUUUGUAGAGAAAUGCAAUCAUGUGCCUUCUGAACCAAAGACAGGAUGCUGAACCGGCUCCAGGGGGCUGGAUGGACCUGCUUCCUGUCCCGGAAAACCACCUUUGCAGUAUUGCUGAGCUGGCCACGCCCCUGAGAGCCACGCCCACCCAGAGGAGGAACAGAUGUUUGACGCUCUGGAUGGACCACUGAAGACAAAAGGACAUGGCGAUGUGUGGAGAUGGGCGCAUUAGCAGUGCCAAACAUACCUCGAACGGGGGGGGGGGGGGGGGGGCAGCCCUCCUCCUGCUGCCUGAAUGUAUUCACCUAACUCUGUAAAUACGCUCCGUACUUUCUGUCCAGCUGCCGCAGCGCCAUGACCCCAUCUCACUUCCUGUUUGUGCAUUUCAGCGCCCAUCCACGCUCACCGGUGUUCGGACUCACAGGGUUCUGUCACGGGAAUGUGGAGGGCCAUGGGAAAGAAAACGUGUGAAGGAACAAAAACAUGAUGAGUCCGCGCUCGGACGGGUGAACCCGGACCUCCGACGGGUCACUAGCCCCGUGAGCGGUCGCUGUGACUGUCUGCUAAUCAGACGGAAAACUCUCACAUGGAAAUCUGGAACCCCCACAACUGGUCUGGGACACUGGGAAUGUUGUCCACCUGUUGUGGGGGUGUAGGGAACAUUCCUGCUUUCAGACACAAAAUCCACCCUUUGGUGUCUAGAAUGAGGAAGUCCGAUAUUUCCUGAUCGGUUUCCCUUUAGUCUUCACUGCUUUGGUUCCUUUACAGGUUCCUUCUUUUCCGUGGCGCUCCUUCGGGAAGCCGUUAGUUGGCUGAAGGCCUGUAGGUCCACCGUGUUCGUGGGAGCAGAUGUCACACACACCAGAUCACCUGUGUGUGUCUCAUCCACACCACAUCUCCAUCCCUCCAUCAGCUGCCGUCUGAUGCAGGAGCAGGCCCUGCCUUGCUCAAAGGCAACAGCCUGUCGGAGGGUUCCCCCUCCCAGAGUGCUGCUGCAGGCCUCUGGCCACCAGUCGGGGGGGGGGGGGGGGGGGGGUAUGAAGCGGUCUGUUUUUGAUUAUUUAUUGUGUCCCGAGCCUCAUUUGUUUCUGUGCUUCCUGGACACACACACACACACACACACACACACACACGCACGCACACACGCACACACACACACACCUUCAUUCAGUUUGAUGCCGAAGCUUCUGCCUGACCGGCUUCAUGUUGGAUGUCUGCUAUCCAUUAGUUCUGUCUGUUACCGUGAUUUCUUUUCUUGACGAGAGAGAGAGAGAGAGAGAGAGAGAGAGAGAGAGAGAGAGAGAGAGAGAGAGAGAGAGAGAGAGAGAGAGAGAGAGAGAGAGAGAGAGAGAGAGAGAGAGAGAGAGAGAGAGAGAGAGAGAGAGAGAGAGAGAGAGAGAGAGAGAGAGAGAGAGAGAGAGAGAGAGAGAGAGAGAGAGAGAGAGAGAGAGAGAGAGAGAGAGAGAGAGAGAGAGAGAGAGAGAGAGAGAGAGAGAGAGAGAGAGAGAGAGAGAGAGAGAGAGAGAGAGAGAGGAGGAAGUGAGGUGGGUUAGCAUGAAUGUCUGAUGAUGAGGUCAGACACGUGCUGAAGCGUCUGAACCAAUCAGACGUGGUGUUUGUUAUCGUAGCUUUAAUCAGCUUCAGGGCUGCUCUGGUACAGCACGCUGUUUCAUUUGUGCGUCACACACACACACACACACACACACACACACGCACCGUUUAUUCUCAGUAAGCGUCUGUUACAUAAUCAUUAGCUUCACUUGUGUGUUGUGCUUCCGUCGGUUUGGGGAGAACUGGAAGUUUCUGGCAAGAGAAGCUUGAGCUGAUCCAGGAUCAGCUGCUCACACCCGUCCUCACUGCUGAUUGGCUGCUGCUCCACACAGGCUGAGACAUGAAAGCGGCUUUCGGGAACAUUUCCCAUAGAAAGAAGUAAUUGAGUCGUUUUUAUAUUCGUCCCUCUCCUCUGGUCCCGUCAGCACCGAACCUGAACCAGGAGAGCCGCUAGCGCGUCCGGAUGCUGUGUGGCUGCUGAAGCCCCCUAGUGGUGAGUGGGGGUAUUUCUGAGAAGAGGUUAAACACAUCUGCUGUUCUGCAGACGCACCUUAAAAUAACGUUUGUUCAUUCUGAAUAUGUUUCUGUCCCGAGGUCACAUCAUGGCCAUCUCCCUUGUUGUUGUUUUCAUGAGCAGCCUCUGUUUGGAGAAAUGGUUUUCCAGGACUCACCAGAUAACCUCUCCGCAGAGCCCCGGCCCAACGCGCCAAACCUGGAGCAGUGUGACAUCACAGAAAUAGGAGUAAACGUCAGCGUUUUCAGCUGCUGGUGAGAUUUGAAGCUGUCAUGUGGAGCAAACGGCAGCGUGAAGGUUCACAACACAGCACCGAGUUGGGAGGUAGCAGCCGCACACACUCCAACUAGCUGUUAGCUCGUCAGUCCUGAUGUAAAAGCUAUGUCUGUGAACACAGGCUGUUCAGGACCAGCCCACCUGCAGCUUCUCGUUUCUGUUCGACUGGUUCAAACAUCAUGUUUGUGCCUUUUUACAGGAAUUGUGACAGAAAACCCAACACAUAGAAACAUAUUCAGAAAAGGGCGUGUAGCAAUGCCUUGCUCACAGGUACCUGGGCAGUGUGCAUGGAGGACGUGCCUCGUUUAUGUAGGAGUGCCAGUGUGUGGUGUUGGGUCAGGGUCGGGCUCCAGUCGUUUAUUAUUCCCCCCAUAAGGCCGAAUGUACUUGCUGUUUUCAGGCUCGUCGUCUUUCGCUUGAAUCCAUCGUUUGCCUUUAGUUGACGCGCUUCACCGGCGCAGGACCACAAACGUUUCCUUCGUGUCCGGCGCUGCGAUCAUGUUUGAUGGCUGGAAGUUCAAUAAAGAUGUUUCAAUGGA